AUGGAAAGACAGGGGCCCCAGGAGCAUUCGCCAGUCAAAGGGUACUGCACCCUCCCUAGCACUUCUUCUGAAAAUAGGGUACAAAUGCCACAGGGUACCGGCGCGCCAACAAAAUCAGAUGGAGAUAUAUCUCGGGAUACAGAUUCGGUCCUUUUUCCAGAUAUCAAAUCCACCAAAUUCCUGGCACCUACGAUCGAGAGUGAUUUUGCUUCAGACAGUUUGGGUCUUAAUGUUCAGUCGGUGUCGGAGGAAACGACUUUCUAUGCGGAAAUAUCUUGUAACGAGGGUUUUGGUCAUGCCUCUGCCGCAAUCAUCUUUUUACCUCCCAUAGUUGAUAUCGACAAAGAGCCCAGUUCUCCAUCGAGCUUCUCGGACAAGGAUUUACGAGGAUUGGUAGCGUUCCUCGAUGAUUCUGACCCUCUGUGUAUAUCACCAACAGGGCAAAGCUGGUUAACCGUAAUUCGUCGGGCCUUCAGCAUCGGAUUGGAGUGCCAGGUCGAUCAAAUGAUUUGUGAUACCGUCAGAAAGAUCAGCACCUCUUCACCUGGUCUUGGGGAACGUCCCUUUUGA